GAUGUCAAGGGUACAUUUGGAACUGAAAGUUCAAACAAGUGGAAGCCAUGGAGUUACAAGCAAAGAGUAAAUGUUGUCAACAAGGUUGAAGCAUUUAAGAAAAGAGUAGCACUAGAAAAAAUUUCGGAAAAGACAAAGAGAUCUAAAAUUACUGAUUACAUUGCCAAGCAAAGUAGUAGACAGGAAUUUUUGCCUCUCUUAGGUUCUUACAUUGACAAAGCUCAUGUGGAACCCCUUCAUCUAAAGAACAAUGCUUGGCAGUACUUCUUUAAAGCAGUUUUGACAGAAGCUAUAAGAAAAUCUAAGCUGCCAGCUGAUUGUAAAAAGUUUUCAGAGGUUCCAGCUGAUAGCCCUUUUGCACGAGUAAUUACAGCUUUACAAACAGAAGUAAAAGCCAGGCGCCUUGCAAACAAGACCAAACAAUGGUUUAAUGAAACUCAAGGGUCUGGAGCUGAUUUGCAUUAUAGAUUUACCGGAAAAGAUUCCCGCUGUUUUUGUCAUAAGUUCAUGAGACUAAUCAAGUGGCUAAGGUGUGAAAAAGACUCCAGGAAAGAACGUCAAACAGUUCUUGCUUUAGCUUAUUUAGGUGUGAGGCUAAGGGACUGUGUUUCUCUCUUUAGUAGAUUUGAGAUAACAUCAGACCACAUUGAUCAGCUUUCUAUUGCCUGUCAUGAGUAUUUUAAAGUAAAUUCAUUGUUGUUGCCAAGUUCUGUAAAUCCUACUGUCUGGACAUUGGGUCACAUUGUCCCGGCUCAUUGUCGUCAAGUGCUUGAAAAGUAUGGCCAGGGGUUGGGGUUGGUAACCAUGGAAGGACGAGAAGUGAAGCAUAUUUUUCUUAAAAAAUUAGGUGAAAAUACAACAUAUCAAAACAGAUGGGUUGAAAUAUUUAGACAUGAAUAUGUGAUGCUGAUUUGGCUACCUCAGCAAGGUUUUCAGCAGCCAGAAGCUGCAUGCAAAAAUGUAGCCUACAUCCCAGAGAGGGUAUUCAAUGAUCAAUCUUAUUGCUAUUGUGGUCUGUUAAAGGCAUGUCCUGAGGAUGCUAAGUGCUGUGUCUGUGGAGACCCAAUCAUGAAAUUUAUUGAGCAAAGUGUAAAGGACGGAAGGAUUGCUCCACAGCUUUUGUAA